UGCGCGGAGACGUUGUGGCGGACGGCGCGGGGCCUCGGUGGCCGAGUCGGGCGCUCCGAGGGCGCUGGGAGCUCCGCGGGUGGUGGAGCCGCUGGAGAGGCCGGGAUGGCGGCGCCGUUCUCCCCGCACCGGGCAGGAGGGGCUGCCGACCGGCGCCGGCUGGUGCUGCUGGCGCCGAUGAAGAAACACGGAAAGAUUAUGACUACAUGCUGGAUCAUCCAGAAGAAUACUACAGCCAUUACUACCACUACUAUAGCAGGCGUCUAGCUCCUAAAGUGGAUGUCAGGGUGGUGAUUUUGGUCAGCGUGUGUGCCAUUUCCGUGUUUCAGUUUUUCAGCUGGUGGAAUAGCUACAAUAAGGCCAUCAGCUACCUAGCCACAGUGCCCAAGUACCGUAUCCAAGCAACAGAGAUUGCUAUACAGCAGGGACUACUCAAGAAAGCCAAAGAAAAAGGCAGAAACAAGAAGUCCAAAGAAGAAAUUCGUGACAAGGAGGAGAACAUCAUAAAGAACAUUAUAAAAAGCAAAAUAGACAUAAAGGGCGGCUACCAGAAACCCCAAGUCCGUGAUCUUCUCCUGUUUCAAAUUAUCUUAGCGCCUUUCCACCUGUGCUCGUAUAUAGUCUGGUAUUGCCGCUGGAUUUACAAUUUUAACAUCAAAGGCCAAGAGUAUGGAGAAGAAGAGAGACUGUAUCUCAUCCGUAAAUCUAUGAAGAUGUCAAAGUCUCAGUUUGAUAGUCUGGAAGAUCAUCAGAAAGAAACUUUCCUGAAACGCGAGCUCUGGAUAAAGGAGAAUUACGAGGUUUACAAACAAGAGCAAGAAGAAGAAUUAAAGAAAAAGCUGGCAAGCGACCCCAGGUGGAAGAGGUACAGGAGGUGGAUGAAGAACGAGGGGCCGGGGCGCCUGACCUUCGUGGACGACUGAAGCCUGGUGGAGUGCUGCUGAGCCAGCUUCAGUUUGAUGCUGUUCCCACAGCUGAAUUACUUUAGAAAUGUGUCCGCUGCUCCUCAGCAGUAACUUCAAAUUCCAGAGAUACUCUAUUAAAGAGAAUAAUGUAGAAAUUUCAACUUUCCCUUAAAACUUUAUACACAAAGCAUUUAUGAUUGUUCAGUUUUUAUAAUCUAUUUGUGGGUUUUGUUAAAAGAUUUGACAUGAAAAUUUAUUAGUUGCCAUUUAAAAAUUUUAUAUUUCAGUGAAAAAGUUUGACAUGAAAAUUCAUGAUACCACGUAAAAUUUCGGUGUGGUGUUAUUCUGCAAGAGUGCUUCCUUAUUCUUCGUUACAGCGCUACGUCUUCCUGCUUUCCUGGCCCGUAUAUUUUCACAAGCUGUAAGAAACUGAUAACAUUUAAUUACAUUACUAUGUCUUUUUGGACACAGACUUCUUCAGCAGAAUGAUUCAACUAUCAUGUUGUCUUCAUUAUAGUCAUUAUAGGGGUGAAAUACAUUCAAAGUAAUCUCUCUAGGAGAGUCUUCCGCUAGAAUGUCUUUAAAUCUCCACCCUUCUUCAUUAUAAUACUUUUACUAAGAUCAGAAACUCUCCAAGAGAGUGGGUCUAUCCUCAUGUCCUUGUAGGAUGAUCUUGAUUACAGUCUUAUUAUAGGACUAUCACCGUAUUCUCAAGUAGUUCUGCAGAAGGGGACUUUGUAAAAGGAUCUUUUGUACCACAGUACCUUUUUUUUUUUGGAGUGGGGGGGCGUCCUCUCCAAUUGAAGAAAAUGGCAAGAAAUAGUGUGCUAAAAAAUUGUUUAUAUAUUAUGAAGUCCUUGAGUGGUGAAAAGUCCAUUGUACAUGAGAAUACUUACAUGCAUUUAAACUAGAGAGAAAAUAUGCAUGGUUGUGUACUGUUCUCUCAACCACUGAAAUAUAACUGUUUUUAUAUAUGUGGAAGUGAAAGUAAAUGAUAAUUUGAGUGAGUCAAAAGCAUGAUACUAUACCAAAGUACCAGUACACAUUCAUGGCAGUGAAUCAGUACUCCUGUAAAGGAUUUAUCCUAUUGCUUCAUAUUAAUAAAAUGGUUGUAAUAUA